AUGGUCAUCCAUCUUCCUUUCACAAAGCGUGCAGUUCUUGAUGAUGGGCCUCAGUUACUGGAACAUGUCCUUGUGGCACUUGAUAGGGCGUAUGAUGACAGACGCGCUCCCACAUCCUGUUUCCCAGGCGUUUUGGAUGAGGCCCAUACAACAAGUGACCACGCAAUAUUUGUGAAGAUUAUGACCAGCAUUACAGAGAAUUGGGCCAAAUGCAAUCGCUUGAUUGCAAGGCCUGCCUUAGAGGUGGCGCAGGAGAGACUCGCAGAAGUUGGGCGGGACAGUUCGGGCCGCACGAGGGGCCAAUGCCAGAUGAGUAUAACCCGUGGAGACCGCACUAAAUCAGACCACCUAAGGCAUACCAUCGCUUGCCGUGAUAGGAGAGAAUUGUCGGAAAUAGACCUGCGAGAUAUCUUAUCGGAGCCGCUUGAGCUCAUGGGCGAGUUCAAUGACGAAAUCGAUUACGAGGAUGCAAUCAAGCGUAUUGAAAAGGAGAAGGCUAACGAUACAAGGGCCCAACUCCGUCGAAUGUGGAAAGAGACGUACUACUGGCCUAUGGUCCAGCAACGAGCCAAGAUGAUUGGACCACUUCCUAAUGCGUCCGGACCGAGAAGUGAAAUCACAUCGCACGAGAAACAGGCCGUAAAGAAACUUGUAGCCGCCAUGGGAUACAGCCAAAGCCGGAGCAAUAUCUUUAAAUGGACUUCCUAUUUGAAACUUCUGUCUAAUUUGAGGGAGAAAGGGGUAACGUCCUUUUUACUUUACUGGACUACUAAAGAAGGCAAUUAUCUUAGCUUUUAG